AUGCGGGGAGAAACAGGUUCAGAAAUAAAAAGGAAAGAAGGUACUUACAGGGAGAAUAACACAACAAGAAACGGGAUAGAGGAAAAAAAGAACGAGGCAUACAAAGAGCUAUGCGACAGAGUUGAAGGUGGCUGCGGUGCGUGGCAACGCGCUAAGGAACACGACGGGGCGUGCGUGGAGGGAAGGGCAGACGAGGAGGAGGACUCCAUCGUAAAUCGCACCACCUCCCCGCGCAUUCACCCGCCCCCGCUUAUCGUCGCCCUCCAGGCGGCCGUGCGUCCGCCGCCACCGCGCACAGUCGCCGCCCCCGCCCCCGCCGCCGCCGUCCGCACCGCGGCGGGCGAUCAAGCCGCACGCUCAAAAUUGUUUACCAAUUAUCGUGGCCCCGUCAAUGUAAUCAGUGUUCUGCUAGUGCUCAACCAGUGUCUUCUUUUUCUUCUUAUUGCUUCUCCGUCGUACUUCGGGAUGUUCGGGAUCACACGUGACGGAAAAGGAAUUGGACCUGUCGUCUUCGUCGUGAAGGCGCAGUUCCACGUCGUGGAAGUCCUCUUCGUCGUCCGAGAGUCGCCAGGCGUCCGCUUCGCGCGGCGGGAUCAGCGUUUCGAACUGCAUCGCGGCGUCCGAGUGUCCUUCUUCUCUACGAGCCCUGAGCUGAGCAACAAGCAACGCUUCGAAUUCUUCUCCCGCACCAUCCCUUCAGACCACUACCAAGUGAAGGCCAUGGUGGAGAUCGUGAAGCUCAUGCAGUGGAAUUACGUCAGCAUACUGUACGAAGAGUCCAACUACGGAAUCAAGGCGUUCGAGGAGCUGGAGACGCUCUUCGCCAAGUACAACGUGUGCAUCGCGGUGAAGGAGAAGCUGGUUAAGGACUCGGGCGUGGCGCAGGACAGCGGCUACGACGGUAUCGUCUACAAGCUGCUCACCAAACCUCGGGCGCGCGGCGUGAUCAUCUUCGGCUCGGACCAGGAGGUGGCGGGCGUGAUGCGCGCCGUGCGGCGCGUGAACGCGACGGGCGCCUUCUACUGGAUCGGCUCGGACGGGUGGAGCGCGCGCUCGCUCGUGUCGGACGGCAACGAGCGCGAGGUGGAGGGCACGCUGUCCGUGCAGCCGCGCGCCAACCCCGUGCGCGGCUUCCGCGAGUACUUCCUCAACCUCACGGUCGAGAACAACAGGCGCAACCCGUGGUUCGUCGACCCUUUGGUGGGCGUUUUUCAAAAAUUCUAUUUAAAUAUUGCUACAAAAUUCUAUGUCAUAAUUGUUUUAUUGAUUUGGUUUUAUUUUUACAAUUUUUUAUUGUUUCAAUAUUUAAAACUUGAUUGUAAUAACUUAGUAGAUUGUAAAGUUUUUAUUGUACUCGUAGUAUUAAAAUAUAUUUUUGUGUUUGAUAGUGAAUAUAUUUGUGGAAAAUUAUUUUCACAAAAUGAUUAA